AUGGACAAUCCGCUUCUACCUCUACCUGAUUCUCUGGAAAAUACAGGGGUUUGGCAGGAUCUCUCACUGUGGACUGCUCACCAAGUUCAAUACGCCGUGAACAUUACCAAACUCACUCCUUCCAUCGAGGAUCUGUUAUGGGCUGGCCCGAGGAUGGUACGAAAGCUGACGGCAUAUUUUCCAUUUCCCGACUCCCUUGAUGCUCUAGGCCAGAGAGUAAUUCCUGAAGCAACAUGGCCCGGUAUCCUGCGCACUACCGACGCAGCUACCACCGCUGCUUUCACCAUGAAUAUCCCUCCUCCCAUGGGCAACUUUCAUGGGCCUGGUCCUGCUGUUCCGGCUGAUCCAGAUGCUGGCUUGGUCUCUCCAAAAUUCACCAUGGAGGGCGCAAGAGGGCUGGGCAGCGUCUUUAGCUAUGCAACGAGCAAGUGGGCGCUUUGCUGUAUUGCCAUGGCAAUCGUCCUCAACCGCACACACAUCUUCGCAGCUACUCGUCGACGCUUACAUCUUACUCUCCCGACUCGACUGGCCUUGCGCGGCCUUCCCGUUCUUCUAUUCUUGGUGCAAGCGCGCGGUCUGCUGCGAUCAAUCCAGUGCCAAACAUCUCCCGACUUCGCCGAAAUGCGCUGGGGAAAUACAAGCAAGAGCUCUGAGCUCAUGUUCUCACAAGCUGGCGGUCUCCUCCAUACAAUGAGUUCAGCACUGUUGCUGGGGGCUUCAGACGAGGCGUCCUGUACGGCUGUGGGCAUGGUCCCAGCAGGUACUAAAGACGCGACGCCGGACAUGAGGGGGUCUCUGUCUCUGCUGUGGCCGCUAUUCGGAACGUUUUGUUUUAGUCAAUUCUUGGAGACGGUCUCAUGUGCUGUACAGGGCCGCCCCGUAUCAGCGGAGACGGGUAUGACCCUUUUUGAGCACUCCCUUGCCUUUGCCGAGGCGGAUGCUGCCAUUAGCAACCAACUCGGCUGGGGCCUGUUUACCCAAUCCCAAGCGGCAGAUGCCGCUUCGACGAGCGCUACCAGCAUCGCUAUCAGCCGGUCCAUGAUUCUUAGAAGGGUGAAUACGUCACCCGAGGUCUUGCUCGUUGCCUUUCUUUCAACCAUGAGCCACAUCACCAGCCACAUGUUGGGCAUAUUCAACUUGCAAGCCAGGUUUCGACUCGUCAGCACCGGAUUCUGGGGCUUAUGUUUUAUGGCAAGCAUUCUUUGGAGUGCCAUCACGUUCUCCUUGGACGACCCUGCGAAGCAAGGGCUGCUCAGAUUCCCGACGGUCUGCAUCAUUGGCUUCAUACCCCACGUUCUUGUGCUAGGUGGCAUUCUGGUGUGUUUUUUCAUCUACUUGCUGGCCCUCGGCCUGGCUGCUAUCACUCCGACAGAGGGACAGGCAGGACAGAGGCUCAGCCUUCGCGAGCGGCUGACCCAAGCUCACGCCAACAUGCAAGCCAACCUUUCUCUUUCCGACAUUCGGAUUACCAUGGAAAUGGACUUCUAUACGGCUUUGCUUCGAACCGGCUUUGGGGCCAUUACCAUGGCAAGCGAAGCCGUCUACCUGAACGAAGACAGAGACGUCACGAUGCGACCGCACACGUGGUUGGAGGAGGAGAGGUACCGUGAGCUUGAGGUAUUACGAAAUCAGUGGAUCGGAACGGGCCCCCCCGAUUCUCACUAUGAUACUAUAGGCACCAUUGGUCUGGUGCCAGUCAAGGAUGACCACAUGUUGUCCAACAGUGGAUAUGCUCGCGAGCGGGCGGCUCAAAAGGUUCCCAAAUCCCGGUCUGGGGAGCGAAGACUAAGAGAUGGCGUCGGCGCCGCGGAGCGAAGUGGCCGAUGGUUGAUGGCACUGGACUUCAUCAUGAACAUCAACAGACUGAUUUUCCGAACGUGGGCGACCACCAUGCUGAAAAUACUUUCCAAGAUUGGUUUGCGGCACCCGAGGUUUCUUCUUUGGAUUGUUCGCCGGCCAAAAGCUGCCAGUGACUUGAGAAACUCGAAUCCGAGAGACAGUGUCGGUCGUUCGCAAGCACCUGCACACCCUGCCGAGUCAACUAUGAACAUUCCACUGACUGAUAGCGUCGACGUGGAGUCCGAGUUCAGACAGCAAGGGUGGAGGGGAGGCCAAAGGUGGGCUCCCGUCGACGAGGCCGACCUAGAUUUAAAACUUUACGGAUGGUGGCUGAAGGGCGGAUGGUGGGGUUCGGCAGACAAUAGUGGGGAGUAUCAACCAGCGGCAGCAGGCGAUGAUGACGAUACAACGAGUGUCGUGUCCUUCAGCACCAACGGCGACAGCGAGUGGGAGUCGGAAGACGCUGGGCAGAUAACGCCCACGCAGUCUAGAUCAUGGGCUUCACGGGAGCCCACACCAGUCACUGAGGAUUUAUUGCAGCUUUCAGAUCUGGCACGCCUGCUGCACCCAAGCAAUCCCGAAGAGAGAGAAGAAGCACAUGCGUUGGCUGCUCAUCUGAGUAGUGACAGAAUUGUGACCCGAUCUCAGUAUCUCAGGUCACGGCAGCUACAGCGAACGCGGAUACUGCAGCCAAAUGGGCACUCUAAUCACAUCACGACGCGGCCGAUCAAGAUGACACCAGACGAAGAAACUCAACGUUUGGAGCAGCUACUGCUCUCCCGCCGGUCCGAGUUCUCGAGUUCUGUGGAUCGCGGAGCAUCGACGUGGGCAGAAGGAGCGGCUGGUCUGGGUCCGGAGGGCCCGCAAUGUGUCGUCUGCCAGAGUUCUCCUCGCACUAUUAUCGUUUGGCCCUGCCGUUGCCUGAGCCUUUGCGACGACUGUCGAGUCUCUCUCGCUAUGAACAAUUUUGACAAGUGCGUUUGCUGUCGUCGGGAGGUCAUUAGCUUCAGUAGGAUCUACGUCCCCUAG